CAACUCUCAUGCCUGUUGGAAGUUGGAAUAAGUUCUCAUGUGAGCGCAAAUUUUAACAUUUUUGAAUUUGAAAUCUGAGUAAUAAUAUUAUACCUUUUUUAGAUUAAAAACUAAUUAUUUAUUCAUAUAAUUCCAACGUUUUCACAUAAUGUCUCAACUUAACCUAGCAGCUCAUAGCGAUCAAGAGAAUCAGCUAGGUCAAAAUCAUCGAAACAUUAAACAAUUUGGAGCUUCUGACAUCCCUCGAUCGACCAAGAAGAAAACAGCUCUCUCUGAUGUAAAAAAUAUUCUGGCUCAAAGAUGUGUAAAUUCGGCUAAAAAGCCCUUAGAUUCUUUUCCAAAACCAAGUGUUUCCAGGAAAAAUAUAUUUGAUGAGUUUGAAAAGGAGAAUGAAGUUUGGAAAAAAGAAACUAAACAGGACCUCAAAAAGUCAAAUACCAUUGACCCUUUCAUUACCACUUCAAAACGUGUUGAUGUGAUUCAAACCGAUAAUGACAUUGUUUUUGAUACUGUUGAACCUGCCUGCUCUUUCUGUAAUCAAACUGAGGAUUAUGGGGCUGAUCUAAUAUUGGAAUCAAUAACCCUCACAAAGAGUGAAAUAGAUAAACUUGCUUUGGAGUGGGAAAGACCGGCUGUAGUGGGUCCAAAUGAUGUAAGAAAACUAGAAAAACCAGACGUCAUCUCAACCGCUGACCUGUAUUCACUCAGCAGCCAUUGGGAUAUAUUUGAUUAUGACUUGGAUGAACCGGAUAUAAGUCUACUGCAUGACAUUCCAGUUGUUGAAAGUAUCAUUGAUCCUGAUUCCUUCGAAGAAUGAAGUGGCAAUACAGUUUUUUUACCAUAAAUAUCUUAACUUAAAGUUUCAAAUUUUGUAUUUAUUAUAGAUUGUAAAAUUUAUCAUGGUUCUUGGUAAAGUACACAUGAUAUUUUUGUAUUGUU